CAAGGUGUGGCUCGGCGGCCGGCAACCAUCACGCGGGGGGGAGCCAGCGUACGAGCAAGGAUAAGCCUGGCGAGUAGCUGGACGCGUGGUGCUAGUAUGGUCACGUGGCGUCGACGGCGAGAGCGGCGUCUGAAAUUUUCCUCGCGUCGGACACCUGCAGUGAAGCAUUACCGGGAAAAAAAGAUCAAAAUCGCCGUGGUUGCUCCGCAGCCACCCGUCCGAGCCGUACAGAAAUCCAUAAGCAAUCAGCAAGGGAGAUUCUUCUGCGUCGCGUUGAUCGCUGUAACAUGAGCAAAAUCCAUUCCUUUUCAUCAGCAGCAGUGAUCGGCAGAGCAGGAAGAGAGAUGUCCCCGUACGCGCUCGCCGCCGCCGCCGUGCUCAUCGUCUUCCUCUGCGCCGUCAAGAACCGCCGGAGCGGAAAGCUCCCGCCGUCGCCGCCGUCGCUGCCUCUGAUCGGCCACCUACACCUCAUCGGCCGCCUCGCGCACCGCUCCCUGCACGAGCUGCACCUCCGCUACGGCGGCGGCGCCUGCGGCCUCCUCUUCCUACAGCUCGGGCGCCGGCGGACGCUGGUGGUGUGCACGGCCGCGGCGGCCGCGGACCUGUUCAGGAACCACGACCUCGCCUUCGCCUCCCGCCCGCGCAGCGUGGCGGCGGACAGGAUGAUGUACGGGUGCAGGAACGUGUCGUUCGCGCCGUACGGCGAGGACUGGCGCCGGGGCAAGAAGGUCGCCGUGGUCCACCUCCUCUCCCCGCGCCGCGUGGCGUCGUUCGCGCCCGUGCGCGCAGCCGAAGCGGCCGCGCUCGUCGCGCGGGCCCGCCGCGCCGCGGAGGCGGGGGAGGCCGUGGAGCUGAGGGAGCUCCUGUACGGCUACACCAACGCGGUGGUCACCCGGGCGGCGACCGGGGCCGCGGGGGCGACGGCGGAGAGGUUGAAGCAGCUGAUGGGGAACACCGCGGCGCUGGUGACGGGCUUCCAGCCGGAGGACGUGCUGCCCGACGCGCCGGCGAGGUUCGUGACGUGGGCGACGGGCCUUGACAAGAAGCUGGACGACAUGGCCGAGGCCUGGGACAAGUUCCUGUCCGAGAUAGUGGCCGCGCACGAGGAGAAGAGGGGCGGCUGUGCAGGGGAGGAGGAGGAUGAGGACUUCUUGGACGUCCUGCUUCGGCUGAGGCGAGAAGGCGCCGACGGGCUCGAGCUCACAGACGAUCGCAUCAAAGCCACCAUCAAGGACAUGAUCGCCGCCGCAACAGGGACGUCAUCGGAAACGCUGGAAUGGGCCAUGGCAGAGCUCGUCGCCAACCCGCGGGUGAUGGCCAAGCUCCAAGACGAGAUCACGCGGGUCGCCGGCGCCGCCGCCGAUGAGCUGGCCAUCGCGGAAGCGGACCUGGACAAGAUGGAAUACCUGAAGGCAGUGUUCAAGGAGGUGCUCCGGCUCCACCCGCCGGCGCCGCUCCUGGUCCCGCACGAGUCGACGGCGCCCGCGGUGGUGCGGGGCUACGAGAUCCCGGCCAGGACCGCGCUCUUCGUCAACGCGUGGGCGAUCGGGCGGGACCCCGCGGCGUGGGACGCGCCGGAGGAGUUCCGGCCGGAGCGGUUCGUGGGCGGCGGCCCGGCGGCGGACUUCAGGGGGACGGACUACGAGCUCAUCCCGUUCGGCGCCGGCCGGAGGAUGUGCCCCGGCAUCAACUUCGCUCUCCCGGUACUGGAGCUCGCGCUCGCCAGCAUCCUGUGCCACUUCGACUGGGAGCUGCCCGCCGGCAUGCGCCCGGCGGACCUCGAUAUGGGCGAGGCGCCGGGGCUGACGACGCCGCCGCGUGUUCCACUUGUCCUAGUCCCCAGGUGCAAGACGCUCGCUCGGCCUGCGAAUUGAAGUAGGAAUCGAUGUGCAUCCAACUCCAUUCCGGCACUCCCCUCCAUGGGAAUUGGAAACCCUGGUUUGUGUGUGAAGUUGUAGUGGUGGAUCAAAAUUCUUCUUCUUAUUCUGAGCUGCCGUGGGAUCGAAAUUCAACAGCACAGCGGACUCGCACAGUGAAUCGUCGUCUCUCGUUGACCUG